AUCCAGUUCAGAAAAUUUAACCUUAUUUUCAUCUGUACUUAAUGGAAGUAUUUUUAUUUUGCAUAGGUAGUAAAAACAGAAAAUCACUAAUCCCAAGGAUGUGGGUUGACCCAUUACACAUGCUAAGUUUUGGAGAGAAUUUGUGUUUAUAAAACUUUUACUCCAGAAUCCAUUUGCUAGAGAAGCCCUUUCUCCACCGUCGUCAGAACUGACACGGCGAGCGCUCUCCGAGGGUCCGAUCCAGGUCACGUGUGUUGGGCCUGCCUUGCGCAGCCGCAGUAGCCGCCAAAGGGGUGGUCAAAGGGUCCAGUUUGCGCAGCCGCAGUACCAGGCGGAAGGCGCGUUCGAAGGCGCCGGCUUGGUACCGCCUCGGUAACUUGCUGAGGGAGCGGCCAACGGUCACAGGUGCUUCCCUUCGAGCUUUGAAGGCUGCCGGCUGCUUUCUCCCUUUCUCUUCCGUCAUCUGUUGAGCGAGGGGCCAUGAGCUGGACUGUGAGAGUCCUGCGGGCUGGCCAGAGAGUGGGCGCUGCGAAAGCGAAUUUCCUGGACUUGGGAAUGGUGUUAGGCCCCCGCCAGACAGCUGGCGUCCCCCUCAGGGGCGCGUGGCCCGUCGCCCCCGCGUCUGAGAUGGCGACCGUCAAGUGUGAGCUUCUGAAGAAUCUCACUUCGGACGAGGCCGUUCGUUGCAGUAAGAUCUCCAUUGUAGGAACUGGAUCGGUUGGCAUGGCCUGUGCUAUCAGCAUCCUGUUAAAAGGCUUGAGUGAUGAACUUGCCUUGGUGGAUGUUGAUGAAGGCCGACUGAAGGGUGAGACAAUGGAUCUUCAACAUGGCAGUUCGUUCGUCAAAAUGCCAAAUAUUGUUUACAGCAAAGAUUACCUUGUCACUGCAAACUCCAGCCUCGUGAUUAUCACAGCAGGUGCACGCCAGGAAAAAGGGGAAACACGCCUUAAUUUAGUCCAGCGAAAUUUGGCCAUCUUUAAAUUAAUGAUUUCCAGUAUUGUCCAACACAGCCCUCGCUGCAAACUGAUUGUUGUUUCCAAUCCAGUGGAUAUCUUAACUUAUGUAGCCUGGAAGUUGAGUGAAUUCCCUCAAAACCGUGUUAUUGGAAGUGGUUGUAAUCUGGACACUGCCCGUUUCCGUUUCUUGAUCGGGCAAAGGCUUGGUAUCCAUUCUGAAAGCUGUCAUGGGUGGAUCCUUGGAGAGCAUGGAGAUUCAAGUGUUCCUGUGUGGAGUGGUGUGAACAUUGCUGGUAUUCCUCUGAAAACUCUGAAUGUAGAUAUAGGAACUGAUAAAGAUCCUGAGCAGUGGAAAAAUGUUCACAAAGAUGUGGUUGCUAGUGCCUAUGACAUUAUUAAAAUGAAAGGUUAUACUUCUUGGGCCAUUGGCCUAUCUGUGGCUGAUUUAACAGAAAGUAUUUUGAAAAAUCUUAGGAGAGUGCAUCCAGUUUCCACCAGAAUUAAGGGUCUCUAUGGAAUAAAUGAGGAAGUAUUCCUCAGUGUUCCUUGUAUCCUGGGAGAAAAUGGUAUUACUGACCUUAUAAGAGUAAAGUUGGCCCCUGAAGAAGAGGCUCGUCUGCAGAAGAGUGCAAAAACUCUUUGGGAAAUUCAGAAGGAGCUUGAGUUUUAAAGUUGUUUUAAAAAACUGCCAUUCUGAAGUUAUUCAAGGAAAGAUAGUUAUGGGGUUAUGUAUAUCCAGUUUUUGAAUAAAUUUGAAUUCCUAAAAGUUGGAAAGUGUGUGUGUGUGUGUGUGUGUGUGUGUGAAGAGAGAGAGAGAUGUCAUUUGGUUUUUGUUCUGGGUAGCUUAUACCUAUGUUCAUUUAAAUACUGUUUUUUAGAAGUUGUAACUUCCUAUACAGUGUAAAAAUAAAUGUAUACAUAGAAGUA